AAUGCUACAAUAUUCACAGAAAUUGGAGGCACAAUAUGAAAUUGCAUUACAAGCAUCUUAAGAACGUCUUACAUGUGGACCCUUAUAGUCAUCCAUACGAACAUGUGACUCAAGAGGAUUGGCGCCACUUAAUUGACGAUGUGUGGAAAAGCAAAGAACACAAGGUAACUUACAUAUUUAGUGCUUCAGAGUUUAUAAGUAAAAUAUUUGAUCAUAAUGUUUUCUUUAGAUUUUUAAUUUGUAUUUUUUUUGAAGGUGAGAUCAAAAGCUGGCAAAAAAAAAAAGGAAAAAGGUUGAGUACAAUCAUUGUUCAGGAUCUCGGUCAUUUGUUGCAACAAUGACUAUACAGCCGGAGUUUAAUGGUUCUGAAAACCUUGAAUUUCCAGAAUUCUAUAAGAAAACUCAUACCAAGAAGAACAAAGAGUGGAUUGAUCCUAUUUGCGCCGUGAAACAUUCAAAGAUGUUGAGCUUGCGAGAAGAAUCUUCCCAAUCCGGUAUGCAAUUAACAUCAGAGGAGAUGUCUAGGCAGGCACUUGGAAAAAGGAAGAGAUACAUUCUUGGAUUUGGGGAUGGGCCGAAGCUCUCUUCAUCUUCUUCCACACCUAGUCGUGUAUCACAAGAUCAUGUUGGGGAGUUGCAGAAACUUAAAACUGAGAUGGAGGAGAUGAAGAUGGAGCGUGAGGAGCUGCGGAGGCAAUUGGAGCAGGAGAGGAGAGAGCGAGAGGAGGAAAAGAAAGAGCGAGAGGAAGAACAGAAGCAAAUUGCAUAUCUUACAAGUUUGGUGACAGAGUUCUUAAAGGAAAAGACUCAAACACAUAAGUCAUCUAUCCAUCAUGAUGGGGCCAUGUAUUCAACUGGUGGCACAAAUACUCGUUGAUACAUGGUGGAGUUAUGAGCAUGUGAAAUCUAGUUUCUGGUACAUGGAUAGCUUUUGUUCAGAUGAUCAUGGUGGAGUUGUCUACAAGCAGAAUCCAGUUUUUGGUUUAUUCAUAUUUUUGUCUACAUGAUGGUUGUUUGGAUGAAUAGCAAGAUCAGAUAUUUUGGGAUUUUUAAUUUACAUUUUGAUGUGUUUGGUGAUGAUUAUCACCUUAACAUAUGGUAUGGAUGAAACAUUUUGAUGAA